GGACUCUUUUUCUAGAUGAGCAGAAGGUUUUUUAUUCGCAAGAAACAGGAUCUCCCUUCUCUGCUCAGGAAUGGUACAUGCACCGCAGAGUUGAGGCUCAUUUCUGGAGUAAACGUGCCAUCAUCAUCACGCAAUGGUGUUGAUACGCGAUCGGAGGUCUCAGCACAGCUCUGAAAUGCACGAAUGCCACAAUUACAACGUUAAAUCAAUAAACUGGAAUGCUUGUAAACAAUGGCAAAAACAAAGGCCUGCACUAAUUGCAAGCCAAAACCAAGAAAGUGUAUCUCCGUUGUUUGUUGGCCAAGUCAUUGCUGCAGCCAUGGCGAUACGUUUCAUUGUUAUGACGUCAAUAUGGUUUACCAUAUUCUUUACCUUAUUAUUCAACCAAGAAGUUCCAGUUUCCUCAAUGGAAGGUUAUUGUGGUCCAUGUCCUAAAAACUGGAUAUGUUAUAGAAACACCUGCUACCAAUUUUUCAGUGAGAGCAAAAACUGGUCUCAGAGCCAAGCUUCAUGUAUGUCUCAAAAUUCCAGCCUUCUGAAGAUAUACAGUAAAGAGGACCAGGAUUUUUUUAAACUGGUGAAGUCAUAUCACUGGAUGGGACUAAUCCAGAUUCCAGCAAAUGGCUCCUGGCAGUGGGAAGAUGGCACCGCUCUCUCGCCCAACCAAUUAACUUUGGUGGAAAUGCAGAAGGGAACCUGUGCUGUCUAUGGCUCCAGCUUUAAGGGAUACACAGAAAAUUGUUCAGCUCCAAACACAUACAUCUGCAUGCAGAGGGUCAUGUAAGGAAUGUAUCAGCCAUCUCUAC